AUGAAGAAAUUCAGCUGCCGUUCUGACAUUACUUACAAGAGAAUGAAUCAGAAAAAGAAGAAUAAUAUAUUUGAAAAUUAUGCAAGAAAAGACGAGAUCGGUUUCGAUGAGUUUGUCGCGUUCUACGAUGAGUCGUUGAAAAUAUUACUGGAAUUAUGUCAACAAAACGUUAAAUUUUGUCAUUGA